GUCAAUGAACUCCAAGAGAGAAGUGGGGCUUUCACUUUGAUAGGGGAGCUUUGAUUUUACACAACGAGUAUAAAAUUUUAUUUUAUUGAUUAUAGAACAAAGGAAACUAUGACGUGAGAGAUAUGAGAAACAUAUGGAUCAUGAGAGUAUUCCCAGGGGUCCACAAAUAAGAAUAACUGCGUAAUUCCACCAUCGUAUCUCUCCACCGACAACAAAAUGGCGGACAAAGUGCCCAAGGAAGGGCAUGCACUCGUCGAUGUGGGCCCUUAGAUGUUAGCCACUUCACCCGGAGGGCUCGUAGGUCAUGAGCUUGUCGUCUUGGCCAGCAUCGGCUCUUGUAUAUAAAUUUUGGACAAAAGAAAGACUUCGGUUUAAACCAAUUUUGGCAAGGCGGCGGCCAUAAGGUGACGACCACUCGAAGCGGCAACAUGGACCGGCUCGAGCACACUCUGCAGAUGCUUCUACUUCUAUUCUCCGGCACGCUCCUGCUGCCGCUGGUCUCAGGAUUCGGCAACGAGUACGUCCACAUCAAGGUGCAUGUGCCCAAGGAGGAGUCCCCGCCAGAACUGGAAAUUCCUCCGGCUCACAAGGUCAUCCACCACUUCCACCAUCAUCCGCAUCCCCACCAGCUGCUCCGAAGCCGCGGGGCCAGGCCCGGUGGAGGUCCGUCUCGGCCCAAGCCGAGUCCCUUGCUGGAGAGCGUCAUCCUGUCGGACCUGGACAAGCCGCUGCACAUGAGCGAGCAUGCGGACUACCUCAAUCACGCCAAAGAGCUGGCCGAGCACCUCACGGACGCGUACGCCAAGAAGGCCCCUCCUCCGCCCCCGCCUCCACCGAAAAAGAAGGUGAACACAUACACUAUCAUCGAGGAGAAGCACCGGCCGCACGGCUACGACUACGAGGAUCACCCGGAGCACAGUGUGGAGACCUACAGGGUGAUCGAGUCCCGUCCCAAGCAGCACGCUCACUCCCACUCGCACUCUCACUCCUACCACCACCAUUCCCACCAGGACGUAGAGGACGAGGAGGACGUCGGCUACCACUACCCCAGCAAGCAUGGAAUCGGUGCCUACGCCGAGCCUGCGCCAGUGGAGGAGCACCUGGAGCACGAUCUGGAGCCAGAGUCGGGCUACAGCUACUCACCGCCAGCACCGAGCCAUGCCUACAUUCCAUCCAGCCACAGUCACGGUCCCUCCCACUCCGGACGUGGCUCGAAGGCGAACCGAGCCCCUGCCUACACGUUGGAGGCCCCCGAGGAGUCCUCCUCAGGCUCCUUUGGGUACGACUACUCCCGACCCGUUUCCAGUGGCUCCAGUGACUUCCGUCCGUCGCCGCAGGUUCCAGUGGCGGAUGCCUACGGCGAGGAGGAACCGGCGGAGACCUACGGAGCUCCCCCACGACGCCGCCGGCCCUCCCUGGUCGACUGGCCGGAGUCCGCGGGCUUCAACGGAGCUGCGGCCGAGACGUACAGCGGCGUCGACAGCUACAACGUAGGCCAUGUACAGGGGUACGGUGGCUCCAGUGGCUACCAGUACAGUGGGCCCUACUUGUAGAGUAACUUAGAGAUAUAGUGCGCUAUGCCUAAGACGUAUUUAUUGAAUUUUUGUGUUUUUUUUUCGUAGCUCUGUA